AUGGCGAGAGAAGACCGCUGGAAGACUGCAUUCAGAUCAAUCCAAGGACUAUUUGAAUUGACAGAGGAAUGUUCUUUCACCGUGGCGAAUGGAGAAAUCAUUAAGAUUCAUAGGGAGGUACCGAGAUUAACGAUAAUUUGCGGGGGCGAAUGCUUUACGGGAAACUUUCUGGUAGGUCAGGUGCCGUACGCUGUGAUCCUCGGGAUCGAUUGGCUUGAUAAGUAUAGAGUGGCGUGGUUCUUUGAGUCGGAUAAACUUAGAACGUAUGUAAAUGGAAGAACGUGUAGCUUACCGGUGCUAAGAAGAGAAGGUGAGAGGCCUAAGGGGUCUGUGGGAAACUGGGAGGCGGACAAAACGGAGGCGGACUGUGCCUAUGAAGAGUUAGCUAAUCAAAUAUCUAAGAUGACGGCUGAGGAAGCAGCGGUAUUUUUACGUUCUCCUACUAAGCGCUAUAAGGCGAAGCGUGGGAAGGCGGGUAGGAUAAAAAUUAAGGAAGUAAUUAAUCAGGCUAGGAAGAAUACUGAGGAAAUGAAGGGAACAAUUCAGGGAUUAAACUGCAUUGUUAUGUUGCCUGAAGCCGAAGUCGAUGUAGACCAACAUAAACCGAUUGUGGGACAAGGCCACAUGAUAUGCGCUAUUUUAGAGCGGCCAGCGAAUCCCGCGGAUCGAAAGCGGAAGGAGAACUGUCUGUGGGAUCAAGGGAAGCAUGAAGACAAGGAAGAAUCACCCUGGCCUAAUGCCAUUCUGGAAUUCACGGAGUUUGACAAAUGGAUCGAAGGCGUAGAGGCCCGCAGCUUACCUGUGCCGCUCCUUCAACUAUUGGGGCAAUACCGGCCUUUGUUCCCUGAUAGCCUCCCGAACGGACUCCCUCCUAAGAGGCCCUUUGACCAUAGAAUACUUCUUAUCCCUGGGAAGUUACCUACAAAGGCACCUAUCUAUAAAAUGCCACCAGAUCAUCUGCUCAAUCACUCUCAGGAAAUAGAACGACUCUGUGCAAAGGGGUGGAUCAGUCCAACUUACUCUCCAAUUUGCGCCCCGACGAUCAUGCUCGAUAAAAGAGAUGACGGGUCGGGAGAAAGGAAGAGAAGACUGCAUUCAGAUCAAUCCAAGGACUAUUCGAAUAUAAGGUGA